AUGAAAGGUUACAGAGACAAUGGCGCCGGUGGCGGUGGUUACGGAGCUCGGAGUACGACGGUGUACGACGAACUUUUCGGUGGACCGCCAAAGUUCGGAGCUACGACGCUUCCGCCGCGGCUCGAAGACUAUACUGAGAUUUUUCAAGGGUUUCACGCUUCCCGAGAUUUUGCGCUUUCGUAUGAGGAGUUGUUUGAUAGCUCGAAAGUUGAGGAGGAUGAUGAUUCGUCGGAUGACGUUUGGACUCCGGCUCAAAGUGAGUCACUGUCAGAUGAAUCAGAUCCUCAAGCAUCAUUGGAGAUGAAUCAACAAGUGCCCAAUGCAGAUCUUAACCAAUCAUUCGGUGUGAAGUUGAAGAGUGAGCCUGAUUUUGAAGUAGAGAAAAGUUUCUUGAAUGGGACGACAAAUGAUUCUCAAUGUCUUGAUGUAUCGGGAUCUACUGUGUUAAACAACCAGGCCCUUCCAAGUAAAAAAGAAAACGAGAAGUUUUUCUCACUGGCUAAUAAUGAUCUUUGCGCAAACAAGGAUUUUGGUGGAGUUGCUGAAGGGAAAAAGCUCAAGAAAUCUUCAUCACAAUCAACGACUGAAAUACAUAAUAGACCACUUCUUUUUGUAUCUGAUCUUAGUCUUAAAACUCAGCCUUCAAACCUACCACCACCCUCUAGGCCACCGCCUGCGUUAACAUCAAAGAAAGGAGAUUCUAGUAAUUUCAGUCCAAAACUCAAGACAUCUAAGAGCUAUGCGUUUGAACGAACAACAACUGACCAAUCACCGCCUUUCUUUGAUGUUGAGAUAGAUGCAAGCUCAUCAACUGCUGCAGAUGCUGCCGCCAUGAAAGAUGCAGUGGAACAAGCUCAAGCAAAGCUUAGAAGUGUGAAAGCAGCAAUGGACCGAAAGAAAGAGGGUCUCCAAAGCCGAUCAAAGAUGAAGUAUAAUAUAGGAGAUAAAAAGGUAAAGGUAAAUGAGAAUUACGAGAAAUCACAUAGUUUUCAAGGUGAGCGAACGAAGAGAUUGUUUGAAAAUGACAGUGGUAUAACAGGGUCUAAAAAGAAUAAUAAUAUCGUCUUCGAAUAUUUUGAGCAGAAGGAAGAUAGUGAAAUUGUACAAGAAACAAAAGAAGGGUUCUUAAGAGAACAUACUGCGGUUCCUAAGACACCAAAUGAUUCUGAUGAAAAUGAAAUAAAAGGAGAUGACAUGGGAUCAGCAUCCAACGCUUGGGUAAAUUAUGAUAUUGAAUCAGAAGAAGCUACUGAGAAAAAUAAGGAGGAAUUAAAGGAGAACGAAGAGCAAGAUGAAAAAGAGUUUCAGCAAUCGGGCCCGCCUGAAAUAUUGUUAAUUCAUAGUGAAGAAGAAGAGGAAAAUGAAAGAGAGAAGGAACGUUUAAGGAAAAUAGAAGAAGAAAAUGAAAGAGAGAAGGAACGUUUAAGGAAAAUAGAAGAAGAAAGAGAAAGAGAAAAGGAGCGUUUUCGAAAAAUAGACCGAGAGCUAGAAAGCGAGCGUGUAAGGAAAUUAGAAGAAGAACGAGAAAUAGAAAAGGAGCAGUUAAGGAAAAUAGAAAGAGAGCAAGAAGACGAGCGUUUAAGGAAAAUAGAAGAAGAGAGAGAAAGACAAAUAGAACGAGAAAAGGAUCGGAUGGAGUAG